CCGGAGACGGUGCACGUCGACCAUCUGCUCAAGCUUGAGAAGUUCAGCCAUGUCAUUCACUUGACUUCGCAAGUCUCUGGCGUCCUGAGGGCCGGUAAGACUAGGUUCGACGCGUUCCGAUCCAUCUUCCCCGCAGGCACGGUGUCUGGAGCUCCGAAGAUUAAGGCCAUUGAGCUCAUCUACGAGCUUGAGAAGCAGCGCCGAGGCGUUUAUGCCGGCGCAGUGGGACGCUUCGACUUCGCCGACGACGAGAUGGACACUUGCAUCGCCAUUCGUACCAUGGUAUUCAAGGAUGGCAUCGCGUAUCUACAAGCUGGAGGAGGUAUUGUUUACGACAGCGUGGAAGAGGACGAGUACGUGGAGACAUUGAACAAGCUCAAGGGUAACAUGAGAGCGCUCGAUGUAGCGGAACAGUACUGGCACGAUAUCCAAAAUGCGAAGGGUGCGCCGGCAUAA